GAGUCACGUGGUCUCCAUGGCGACCACGGUUUUAACUUUCACUUUCCUUUCGUCAGAAGAGCCGUCGCCCGAGUUCCUCGCCUCCCUUCCUACUGAGACCAGAGCCGCCGUCGUUCGCCACGUCCACACACAAGAGGCCAGGAUGGAGAAACUGAACAGCGGCUUUGGCGGACCUCGUUUUGGUAUCGCAACCCAGGAUCUGGGUACUUCAAAUACUUUUGCCAAACUUGCCAAAGCAGAGGAGCCCAAAGAUUCUGCAAGCCUAUUCAAAUCUGCAUUCGGGUCAACGCACAAACCAGCCACACCCACUUCAACAGUUCAAGUGAAACAGAAGGUCAAAGAUGAACAGAAAGACAAGGAUCUGUCAGUCUUGUCAUAUAUGGCAGGAGAAAAGACGGACAACCCUUUUACUUUCACAGCAAUUUCAGCCAAGUUGGAAUCUCAGUGGAGAGAUGUGCAGUGGACAGAAGGGCAGAAGACCAGCCUGAUGAACACUGUCAGCUCCUACACACCAAGCUGUGAGGAGGUGACUCGCGCCAGGGUUCUCCUCCUCGGCCCCGUCGGUUCUGGAAAAUCCAGCUUCAUCAGUUCAGUCCAGUCUGUGUUUAGCGGGAGAGUGACCAACCGGGCCACGGUCGGCUCCUCCUCAACCAGCUUCACCAAAAAGCUGCAGUCCUUCAACAUCUGUGGUCAGAAGGGAGAAGAUCCCACCAGACUGGUGCUGUGUGAUACAAUGGGCCUGGGGGAUGGGGAGAUGACCGGACUGACCCUCCACGACAUCCUGUCUGUCAUUAAAGGCCAUGUACCAGAGGGACACAAGUUCCGCCCAGAUCAGCCAGUGACAUCAGAGACUAGCGGCUACGUGAAGUGGCCAAGCCGUAACGACAAGAUCCACUGUGUGGCCUUUGUGGUGGACGCCUCUAAAAUCGGGACCUACCCCAAAGGCUUGAGCUCCGCCCUCCAACAGCUCCGAGAGCACAUCAGCGACCUGGGCGUUCACCAAGUGGCUCUGCUGACCCACGUGGACACAAUUUGUCCAGAAACAGCCAAAGAUGUCACCCAGGUUUACAAAAGCGCCAGAAUUCAAGUCACGAUGGGUAAAGCUGCAGCUCUGUUGGGUAUGUCCACCUCCUACAUCGUCCCUGUGAAGAACUACUCCUCGGAGCUGGACGUGGACGUGAACACCGAUGUUCUUCUUCUCAGCGCUGUCGACCACAUCCUGCAGUAUGCCGAUCUGUACUUCCAGGACAGUACACCGAAAGAUACAGAGUCAAAGUUACAAUAAAACAUUCUCUGCUCAGCUUCAAAUAAUACUUCAAUACUAUCAAUUUACCUUCAAAACAUAAAAAUGCUGCAGAUUGGGGAUUUAAAAGAGCUUAUUAAUCAUUACUGUCUCAUUAAGUUGUUUUUUUUACAGAAUACAAACAGACAAAACUAUAAUUCAGAAUGCAAUCAGGAGUUUGUAAUAUUUUAUUGAUAAAAUGUUUUCUUUUUCUUUUAGAAGAGCACUGGGUCAUGUAUACAUGGUUUAGGAAAACUUGCUUUUUUUGUAUUUGAUAUUCAUUCUUACAGAAAUUUCCUGUCUGCCACAGCAUUUCAAUAAUAAUUACACAUUUUCUACACAGCACUAUUUUUACUUUUUACUUACUAUUAUUUCUUUUUUUUUUUAAAUUUAUAUAUUUUUUAUUUUAUUACUUUUAUUCAGUCUUUAAUUUCUCUCAAUGCUUCUUUUUGUAACAUCAAUCUGAAAUAAUGAAAUUUAAGUAAUUUCAUGUAUCGUUCUAUUGCAUGCCAUGUGCAUUUAGUUUGAAUCUAAAUUCCCUUUUAAAUUUGUUUUUAUUGCAACACGGUGUUAUUCAAUUCAGUGUUCUGCUGUUCAAUAAAAUCUCAAAGUGCACAAAUGAA